ACGCUGUUAUCAAAGUAGCUGCACGAAGCGCAAUGUGAUUUACUGUAUGCAUCUACUGCAAGGAUUCGUUAAACGUAACGGAUUUAUUCAAUGGAAUACUGCAUUCCUGACAAAUGUAAUAGCCGGAGAAUCCAGCCAUGGAUUUUUAGUGAUGUGCACAAGUUUCAUUCAAUUACCGGAACCGAUGAUUAUCUAAAUAUUAUUCAGAAAACCUGCGAUUAAUUUAAUUUCAUUUUUUAAGCAAACGUAUCUUUAAAUGAUGGUCAAUAAUAAAUGGAUAUCCGCUUUUGGAAUAGCCUGGUUCUGUUUCUGCUAUGCUUACCUCGUGAAGGCUGUUCCAACUCGAGGUGAAAUUUCUUCAAACUCAAUUACGCAAUAUUAUUCAAAAUAUAAUCCACAAUCUGAUAAACAGAUAAAAGAAGAGAAGAAAUAUUUGAAGCGUCGACGGAAACUGAAACUGAGAUGGGAAUUCGACGUUGACGCUUUUCUGGAGCAAUACGGGUAUUUAAAGACACUUCCAAAUGAAAUCGCACCCACGGAAAUACAAGUGCACUCAAAAGUGGACAGAAAACAUGCAAUAAGAUUAUACCAAGAAUAUUUUGGCAUCAAAGCUACUGGACGCCUCAACAAAAAGACGGUCAAGGUCAUGAGAGAGCCGCGCUGCGCUAUUCCUGACCAAAGAACGGACGAUCCCUACUCUCCCAUACGACAAUUCCGGUUUUACAAAUAUUACCCACGAUGGCGGAGAUCUAUACUUACAUGGCGUGCUGGAAAAUAUACGAAAAAGAUCUCACCAUUAGUCUUGUGGAAAACAAUCAAGAAAGCGUUCGAGACAUGGUCUGCCGUGUCUGGUCUAAGAUUUCUCUACACUAGAGAUACACCGGAUAUCCAGAUAGACUUCGAGCAAGGAGAUCACGGAGAUGGGGCGGAUAUAGCCUUUGAUGAGCAAGGCGGAAAAGUUGUGCAUGCAUUUGGACCAGGAACCUACACCAUAUCUGGCAAUAUUCACCUUGACGAUGAUGAAGAUUGGACACUGAAGGUCAACCCAAAAACUGGUGUCAAUCUUCUGUCCGUUGUCAUCCAUUCUCUUGGGCAUAGCUUGGGACUGCUACAUUCAAACGAUCCGCGAUCUGUGAUGUAUCCGGCGUUCGUCAGCACCAACCUUGACCUUAGUCAAAACGAUAUCGAGCAAGUACAGAUACUCUACGGACCGAACCCUGAGUCCAAAGCUAUACCCAUGUAUAUGAGAGAAGCCACAACAAUAGCCCCUAAAGUCUGCAUAGUGCCAAUGGACGAUAUUGAUCAAGGCCCCGAUGGGUACGCCUAUAUAUUCCGCAAGGGCUAUAUGCUUCAGAUUGACCAGAAAGGAAAGUUGGUGCGCAAACCUUCAAAGAAGGUCAACAUUACUGAAGUAUACAAGAACGGGCCUCCUAAGGUUGACGCAGUGGCUUACUGGGCUGAAAGAAGGAAAACAUAUUUAUUUUUCAAUAAUACUCUGUGGCGAUACACAAACUUUGAUCUCGACUACGGCUUUCCCAAGAAUAUCACCGGGAUGCCCCAAACCCCUAGUGCCGGUGCUGUUAUCCGUGACCAAUAUGGGAUCACCCGCUUACUUCUAUUUGCGGGGGACCAGUUUUGGGAAUGGAGCACUGCUACAGACAGAGUAAAGAAAGGUUACCCACUCUCUACCAGUGCAUAUUUUGAGGGACUGCCGACGUCACCUACUGCCGCGCUUAGGUGGAGAGAUGGUUAUGUAUAUUUCUUCAAAAAGGACAAAGUUUACAAAGUACAUCCAGGCUCAUACAAGGUGGUUCAAGGAUAUCCAAGACCGAUGCCACCGGACUGGAUGAAGGAUAUAUGCUAGGACACGCAAAGGGAUUAGAAAUUGCGUCUGAUGUUAAUUGAUUAAACAAAUUGCGUUCAUGUGACAAGCAAUGCAUCUAAAAUGUAUCUCAAAGCGAAACAAACAACAUCAGUAUGUCAAUGAACAGACGAAAGGGAAAAAUAUAACAUAGUUGUGCCAAACAUUCAUUUGGCUGUUGAUCAAGGGGCCAAACUUGCUAGUUACAACUUGAUGAUCUUGAACGAUGUUUAAAAAACUUGAAAUUAACACAACUUAAAGCUGCGCUCUCACAGAUUGAACGUUUUGAAAACUUAUUUUUUUGUCUUGGAACGAGCCAAUUUUUGCGAAACUCCAUGGAAACCAGUUACAUGUAUAUAAGACUGCUGACAAAAAAAAGAUCGCAGAUUUUUAUAUUAAAGUUCAAAAAGUGAUGUUUUAUGCAUUUUUCUUAAACCAAUAGUUAAGCCAUAAAACAUUAAUUUUCGAACGGAAUAUGAAAAUCUACGAUCUGAUUUUUUGUCAGCAACCUUAUAUCAUUGAUUUACAGAUAUUUACGCAAAAAUUUGCUCUUUCCAAGACAAAAAAUAAAAAAAGUUGUUAAAACGGUAAAUCUGUGAGAGUGCAGCAUUAACAUUUGAUACAACUGCCUAUUGUCUUUAUGUCGUGAAAUAAUGUUUGGCUGCUUUCGUUGUUGGCAAAAACAAAGUCAUUGACCAAGGCACUCGUGAUUUUGUGCCAAUGACUGCAUGGACACUGCCCCGAUAUUCUAACGUAUGUGCUGCAAAGGCAUCGAAGUGUUAAUCUAUUCGGUGCCGUUUUUAUGUCAAGAAUUCUCCAGAAAAGUGUUGAACUUUAAACAAGGCCAGUGUACAAUCUGAAGAAAAUCUCUACAAUCAUGCAUCACACUACAUCCCAAAAACAUUAUUAUCAAAUAUAAAACAGCGGUCUGCGAACCAUAGAAUUCGUGCUAACCCUGCCUUGCAUAGUUUGUAUAAAACAUUGAAUAAGCAUAACAUCAACCACGCUGCCCAUUUAUCAUAAAGACAUAUUAUCAACAAGAUGUAAAUAUAACUAUAUUUAUUUAUGAAUAAUAAGUUAUCGUACAAUUAUGUCUUAAGGGCAUUUGACAGGGUAUUUCAUCAGUGUAUAAGUCCCUCAAUAAAAAAUCUAUUCGGAACUCCUCGGCCAUUUUUUCAAAAACAACCUCGGAUGUAUGCCGGUAUAUCUGUUGAAGUAGUCCGUAUUUUUUUGAAUAAAAGCGUUAAUUAAAUGUAGUGUUUAAGAGUUAUAUUCAUUGCUCUCAGUUUAAAUUGAUUGCCAGUGAAGUGUAUUAUUGCAAACAUAAUUACGAUUCCCAAGAGUUAAGUCAUAAAUAUUAACUACUAAAUAAGAUUACUACGCGAUCUAUUUGCAGCGGACUUAAACGUACCACUUUUUAAGUAUGUAAACCGUCCAUAUACAUCCGAGGUUGUUUUUGAAAAAAAUGGCCGAGAAGCUCCGAAUGUAAAAAAACAGGUUAGUUCCACCAGCCUGCCGAACUUGUAGUUUUGUAAAGCAAAUAUAAACGAUAACUUAGUGUUAGCGCGAAUGCCUCUAUACUAACUAGCGUGCAUGUGCAAACCGCUAAAUAUCUCGCUAAAUAAACCAAAUUAAUGAAAAAUUGAAAAACAUUUCGUGGUAUCAUCAGCAGAGACUUUCUAAAUAAUUGAAUCAGAUUCCGUUCAAAAAGUCCAUUGGCGGAGCCAUGCGCGUAAACACUAAGUUUUUUAUGGCUGUAGAAUGGCAAAUUGCAAACAUCAUAAAAUAUGCGGGUAGGCUAAAGAAGGGUUACAUACAAUAUAAUAUGAAGUUGCAUACAGUAUAAUAUGCCUCGCCGUUCAAUUUGUACAGUAGUUGCUUUCGAAUUUUACAUUAUUUAGAAAAGUAUUUGUAGGCCAAUUGUAUUUGCUAUUGCCUGUUAAACUAAGUAUGCACAAUUCAUUACUUCUCCAAGCUGUUUCUAAACAAAGCAUUGCAAAAAUUUAGGAAGUUUGAUCUUCACCAUUAUAUAAUCACUGACACCCGACGGUACACUUAUAUUUCGCUAUCUAUUAAUUCGCGACUUGAGAUGGCAUUCAAUUUUAGUCUUAAUGGACCUGAGAACGAUGUAGCUAAUCGGAUUACGUGUUAUAAAUAGCGGACAUAUACAGUGAAUGGAGUCAGUGAUGUAUGACCGUUAAAUCCACUUAGGCGACAUAUUUAAUACCACUCCUGGUUGAUUCUCAGAAUACAAUGAUUUAAAAAUAUACGUAUUAGACCCUCGCAAAAUUUCAACUGUCUGCAAUUUAUUUGAGACACGGGGGUGUAAUAUGAUUAAUACAAAAUUAAAAAUUAUGCAUUUCCUUACAGUGUCUCCCAAUAAGAUUUUUUUACGAAUCAUGAAUGUAUGGGUUUGGUAAAAAUAAAUGACAUGGCAAAAUAAUGCUAAUGCCUAAACUCGAUCUACACUAGUGCCAAUUAUAAAAUUCCUUGUAACAACAUUCGUUGAAUGUGGAAAGGCCGCGGAAGAUCUCAUGAAAUAUGUUUUCAUCCCUCUUUAUUACUAAGAGUAUAAUCUUCAUUUCCAGCAAAUUAAAUUACCUAUCGGCCUCUUAUAGGUUUCGCGCUUACUCGUUAAGAAUUGCAGUUUGACAACUUAACAGACAUGACGUCAUAAUUUGAUUCUCACCUACUGUAAAACACACUAUAUAAUCUAAGACAGUUAGAACAUAUUUUAUAUGAUCUUAAUACAUGUAGUACUUAGAAAAUAUUGCUUUGCUUAUAGUUUUCCAAAUAAUGCGGUCGGGAAUAAAUACCAAAAUAAAACUAUUACUUUAAUUAUUCAUACACUAACCUGAAUAACGAUUGUGUAUAACACUGUACCUGUACCAUUAUGGACCUACUGUUCAAAACUCUAUUGAAGUUAACAACGGUAAACAACGUUGUUAACUUUAACGUCAGCGUUGUUAACGUUCAAAUCUUUACUGCUCUAGAAGUUCAAUGGAUACACUAGUUAUCUGCAUUAUUUCUAAUAAGAUUUUAACCAAAUGUUAUAUCAAAAUAUUUGAGCACAUAAUAAAAUAGUUCAUAUUUUAACGACGUUGUUAAGUUUAACAAAGUUCUGAACAAUAAGUCCAAUGUUCUUUUCAAUUGUGCAAUUUAUACUAUGAUUAUCAUUUGAACACUUUUAUUCAAUUUUUACGAUACUGUCUUGUAUAUUGACGGUAUAAUCAUUUCAUUUUAUGUAAAUAAAUCAUUAACCACGUUUUAUAUUUUGAUUAAACAUUGACAGACAUUACA